AAAUCACAAAAAUGUCGCCGACGAAGAGUUGAAAGAAGAAAAGAGUAAACAUGGCGGCCAACGGCAUGAGAAGAGCUCUUCAGGUAUCGUCAUCUUCGGCGAAGAUACUCUUCGGUCGUUCAUCAGCGGCAUCUUCUAGUUCUAAGAUCGGAAAAUCCGCCGGAAUUGCUUUCGGGAAUGGAUCAUCUUCUUCUUCUUCUUCUUCAUCUCGUCCCUCACUACGUAGACUCACAUUCUCAAGCAGGGUACCUGUGGAACUGAGUGCAGGGGUUUCACUUGUACCUUUACAUAGUGUUACUGCUUCUGCUUUGCUCACUUCGUUGCUAUCUCUCAGCAAUCAAAACUGGAGUUGCUUAUCUGAAGGAUUUGCUUCAACACUAUAACAUGGCCUGCAAGUGUUUUGAUUCCAGGUGUUAGAUUCAAACAAACUUGUUUCAUUUCAUCGCGGGGUAUUUUGCAGUUUGUUUUCUGAGAGGUUUGAAGAUAUAAAAAAGUACCGGAAAGAAUGACAGACCCUUGUUUUCUUCUAAGGCCUACUUAGUUCUUUUUUUGUUUAUACAAUUAUCAUCUUCAGUUGAUGAGUCACUUGUGCCUGGAAAUAAACUAGUCAUUUUGCUAAAGUUGUUCGUGUUCCCUUACCAAAACCAAUUAAGACAUUAUCAUAGCGACCAAAAAGUGACUGAAACAGUUCGACUUUCUUGUAAUUUUGUAGUCCCAAUCAUACUUUGCUUAUCUGUUA